AUCACGCUCUUCUCACGUGCCACCGUCCUCACCAGAUUCUUUUCUUCCUAGGAGUAAUUUUCGGUAUCCAUUUAUUCCAUCUCAUCUCAACCGACUAAUUAAUUACUUCUUUCCGAUCAAAUUUUUGAAAUACCAAAAAAAUCCGACUGAGAAAAUUCUGAGAAGAUGAUUCAGCCUCUCUACGCUCUUGUUUUCAGUGAAGUUGCAGUGAUCCUAGUUCUUCUUUUCCGCACGCCGUUGAGAAAGCCGCUUUUGAUGCUGUUGGACAGAUUGAAGCAAGGCCGGGGCCCUGUGGUGGCGUCAACCGCCGGCGGGACUCUGUUUGUGAUUAUGAUUUCACUCUUGUUUAACAUUACCACGAUCCAGAACCGAACCCUUGAAGGCGGCGGCGUUAAUCCCACGGACCAGGUUCUCUUGGCCAAUCAACUUCUCGAAGCUUCGCUUUUGGGAUUUGCCCUAUUUCUGGGCUUGAUGAUCGACAGAAUCCAUUAUUACAUCAAAGAGGUUCGUAUGCUGAGAAAGCAUUUGGAGGCUGUAAAAAAGUCGGAGGAUGUCCAGAGCAAGGAGAAGGGCAAAAGUAAAGUUGUUGAGGAAGAUGAUUAAAUUAGUGCCGACAUGCAGCUGACAUUAAAGCUUGAGCAGGUGCCACUGCAAGUUCUUAAACCUGCAUAUUUUGUGUCAGUGAUUUAGAAUUAUGCAGUAAUGAACAGGACAACUCAGGGAAAUCCAAAUAACAUUUGUUUCCUUUUUAUUCAACUUUAUGUUAAUGACGGUUUGCUGAUGUUUGAGUUAUAUUGCAUUUUCUGGUCGUAUAGCAUAUGACCUUUCACGUGUUUGUUAUGCAUAAAUGGUUGCUCUUCCAACCUCGGGAUAGGGAUUUUUGCUUAGCCUCUGAUUUCAUAGUUAGGUUAAGCACUAAAAAAAUAAAAAAGGUUGGUAGAGGACAGAGCUGGCUAAUGUUGGGAUCAACUAAAGCUUUGGGUGACCUAAUGUGGGCACUGCAGAUUCAUUAUCUGAUUGGACUUCUAAAGUAAACUUACGGAUGAGGGAUUGUUUUAUCAGGGUUCUGUUUCAGAGAUAGAGUGAUAAAGUAACCAAGAAAUAUCGCGGGAAUAUUGGAAUAAGGAUAUCGAUG